GCGGCAAAAUACAGCUUAACAUAUGUUAUGAUUUUCUACGCAAUCAUAUCGAUGUGCAGCGCCUUUAUGUCACUCCUAUUACCGGAGACUAAGAACAAGGAAUUGCCGGACACUUUGGCUGAUGUCGAGUAUAUGGAUAACGAUCAUACAUUUGCUGUGGAGAACGGCGCCGACCAAAGCGGACUUCUCGACCAGAAAAUCAUAUCGUUAUUAAGCCUAAGAAUGCCGUUAAGUAAACGUAAAUCUGAAGAAGUGGUGACCGAUAGCAUACAGUUUGAUCCCAAGGCUCUGUUACCGGAGGGUUUGCGGAUCGAGUCGUCGGGCGCCCACCUCUAUCUAAUUGGUGCCACAUUUUACAAGAACGGAAACCUCAAGAGAUCUAAACUACACCAUCCGGUCUUCGUGUUCAUCACAACACUGAUACUUCUCAUCAGAUUUUCAUACAGUGUUAGCAUCGAUGGCAACAGACCCGAGCGCUUCUACCUAUUGAUUGGCGAUUACGGCUACUUCAUGAACAUGCAGUUCCACCUCAACAUGACGGCCGCACUCGUCUACAACAUGUCUGUCUGGACACAGAUCUUACACUUUUACUUAUGGGUCACCAAAAGGGAACCAACUUAUUUGAAAGUCUUCCAUAUGAUGGCCGGAUCCGUUACUCCCUAUUCCAUUGGUCUGUCCGAUGAGACUAUUAUCCGCAAUCUUCUCAAGAAAACGAGUUUUAUAUUCAAGAGCCAGGAUUUCUUGAGUUAUUCCAUGACUUCGUGUUCUUUCUUCAUAUCAUUCUUCUCGUACAUAUGGAGAGUGAGUUUCAUUGAUUUCCUAGUAUUAGGUAUACCCCACACCCUCCACUUCACGCUGGGCUCGUACUUCAUAUUCAGAAUCCUAACCAUUCAUAUCCUCUACUUCUAUAUUCUCUCGUAUUAUCUGAAAUCCAAGCAAAAAGAAGUCAACAAUCAUUUGCGAUACUGUAUUCAAAACAAGGAGAAGAUUAAGAUUUUAAACUCCGAUCGCGUGACCCACGCCUUGAACGCCAUAUACCUCGAGGUCAUGGAAAUUGACUCAAACUUUUGGUCCAAAUUCUUGGGCAUCGUAUGGCUGACCAGUAGUGCCGUCAUUGCGCUCAUUAUAUUUAUGUUCACAUUUGGCUACCAGAAUAUGUCGGUCAACAUCACCAUAAUCCUGGUCUACGCCACCUUCUUCUUCUCACUACUUCUCAUCAUUUUGAUCGACACGUGCGCCUCAGUGAACCUCGAGGCCAAGAAGGCCUACAAACUACUGGCCUCUUAUAAGUUGGUUAUUAUGAACACUCGUCAGUCAGUCCUUCAAAUGGCCAAACAUGGGUUCAAAUUUUUGCAUUUAUUUGAGAGGAUAGGACUUCGUAAGAAAAAUAAAGUUGGCUUUACGUGCGGCAAACUAUUCAUUAUAAACUACUUUCGAGGUUAUGAGGUGAUUGCAUUGUGUGCUAUAGUGCUGUUAAGAAUCAUUCAAAUGGAGACAACCAAACGCAGUGAACGUAUUUGUGGUAAUCUAUUGCUUGUGAACAAUCAGCGCUCAAAUCUGGUCUCACCUUUCGAUUCAAACCAAAUAAAUAGUCUCAACAUUAGUCGCCAACAGGUCUUAAACCGACAAAAAUACCACUUCUUGUCUCGCAUUGCGUUUGAUUGGAUCCAUGAGCUGUUGUACUGGACGGACGACACGAGUAUUGAAGUGAUAUCAAUACGCAAACCUUUGCUGCGAUAUGUUUGCGUGGAAAAUGGUUUCGAUGUCAUCAGAAACAUAGCCAUCGAUCCGUUAGAGUCGCUAUUAUUUUGGAUUCAAUGGCAGGAAAGUGGAGACAACGAUCAGAUUAUGCGCUCAACACAAGUGGGAACCGACAUCAAGGUGGUGGUCGACUACGACCUCAAGUACACGUAUGCCCUCACCCUUGACCUCAACUCGAAGACUAUCUAUUGGAUUGACUCACAAUUAUAUAGCCUCUCAUCCAUUGACUAUAACUCGCAAAACAGGAAAAUUAUGAUCAGAUCUUAUGACCUAUUCUUCACUGCCUAUCGCAUGGAUGUGUUAUCCGAUUAUAUUUAUUGGACUAAUGAUAGACACAAAGCUAUACUAAGGACUCAUAGGAGCGGUAGUAAUGGCACCAAAAGAUUCGUUGUCUUCAAGAGUGAUGUCUUGAUAGAUGCCAUCAAAAUAGUGGACGAAUCCAAACAACCGUCAUCUCUGUCUACCGUCGGGGGUCAACUCAUUCAGGAAUUGACUGAAUUGAAUGGAUUGAGAUCUAAUUUGAUUGACUCGUACGGACACAAUCUGACGGCGAUAACUCCGACGAUUAGAGCGGUCGCACCGAUGGCCAGCCAUGUCUUGGUGUAUAAGCCGUAG